AUGUUAAAAAGGCAAUCUGAUGAUCUACUAUAUGAACAGCAGGAUGGGCUUGGUUUGGAAAUACACAGAAGGGCUUCAAAUGCAACCACUCAGGAAAUUACAUCAGCCACUCAGGAAAUCACAACAGCCACUCAGGAAAUCACAUCAGCCACUCAGGAAAUCACAACAGCCAAUCAGGAAAUCACAACAGCCACUCAGGAAAUCACAACAGCCACUCAGGAAAUCACAACAGCCACUCAGGAAAUCACAUCAGCCACUCAGGAAAUCACAUCAGCCACUCAGGAAAUCACAUCAGCCACUAAGGAAAUCACAACAGCCACUCAGGAAAUCACAUCAGCCACUCAGGAAAUCACAUCAGCCACUCAGGAAAUCACAUCAGCCACUCAGGAAAUCACAACAGCCACUCAGGAAAUCACAACAGCCACUCAGGAAAUCACAACAGCCACUCAGGAAAUCACAACAGCCACUCAGGAAAUCACAACAGCCACUCAGGAAAUCACAACGGCCACUCAGGAAAUCACAUCAGCCACUCAGGAAAUCACAUCAGCCAUUCAGGAAAUCACAUCAGCCAUUCAGGAAAUCACAACAGCCACUCAGGAAAUCACAACAGCCACUCAGGAAAUCACAACAGCCACUCAGGAAAUCACAACAGCCACUCAGGAAAUCACAUCAGCCACUCAGGAAAUCACAUCAGCCACUCAGGAAAUCACAACAGCCACUCAGGAAAUCACAUCAGCCACUCAGGAAAUCACAUCAGCCAUUCAGGAAAUCACAUCAGCCACUCAGGAAAUCACAUCAGCCACUCAGGAAAUCACUUCAGCCAUUCAGGAAAUCACAUCAGCCACUCAGGAAAUCACAUCAGCCACUCAGGAAAUCACAUCAGCCAUUCAGGAAAUCACAUUAGCCACUCAGGAAAUCACAUCAGCCACUCAGGAAAUCACAUCAGCCAUUCAGAAUAUUCCAUCAGCCACUCAGGAAAUCACAUCAGCCACUCAGGAAAUCACAUCAGCCACUCAGGAAAUCACAUCAGCCAUUCAGAAUAUUCCAUCAGCCACUCAGGAAAUCUCAUCAGCCACUCAGGAAAUCACAACAGCCACUCAGGAAAUCACAUCAGCCACUCAGGAAAUCACAACAGCCACUCAGGAAAUCACAUCAGUCACUCAGGAAAUCACAUCAGCCACUCAGGAAAUCACAUCAGCCACUCAGGAAAUCACAACAGCCACUCAGGAAAUCACAUCAGUCACUCAGGAAAUCACAUCAGUCACUCAGGAAAUCACAUCAGCCACUCAGGAAAUCACAACAGCCACUCAGGAAAUCACAACAGCCACUCAGGAAAUCACAACGGCCACUCAGGAAAUCACAUCAGCCACUCAGGAAAUCACAUCAGCCAUUCAGGAAAUCACAUCAGCCACUCAGGAAAUCACAACAGCCACUCAGGAAAUCACAACAGCCACUCAGGAAAUCACAUCAGCCACUCAGGAAAUCACAUCAGCCACUCAGGAAAUCACAUCAGCCACUCAGGAAAUCACAACAGCCACUCAGGAAAUCACAUCAGCCACUCAGGAAAUCACAUCAGCCAUUCAGGAAAUCACAUCAGCCACUCAGGAAAUCACAUCAGCCACUCAGGAAAUCACUUCAGCCAUUCAGGAAAUCACAUCAGCCACUCAGGAAAUCACAUCAGCCACUCAGGAAAUCACAUCAGCCAUUCAGGAAAUCACAUUAGCCACUCAGGAAAUCACAUCAGCCACUCAGGAAAUCACAUCAGCCAUUCAGAAUAUUCCAUCAGCCACUCAGGAAAUCACAUCAGCCACUCAGGAAAUCACAUCAGCCACUCAGGAAAUCACAUCAGCCAUUCAGAAUAUUCCAUCAGCCACUCAGGAAAUCUCAUCAGCCACUCAGGAAAUCACAUCAGCCACUCAGGAAAUCACAUCAGUUAUUCAGAAUAUUCCAUCAGCCACUCAGGAAAUCUCAUCAGCCACAAGAAACAAAUUUGCUGAAGCCAUGACGCUUCAAAGUCGUUCCUUCCUUAUAUAA